AGACCGCUUUCAAAGUUGGUGGAUAACCAAAGUUUUGGUUUUUGUAUAUAUAUUGUAGAUAUAUUACUCUCAAAUUUGUUAAGACUAUAUUUUGUCUAUGGUUAUGACAAUAAUUAUUACGACCGUCUGCAAGCUGCAAUAUGAUUUGUAUUCUUAUAACCAAAAGAUUACUUCCAACUUUUAAUAUAAUAAAGCCAAGACGUCUGUCCUCUAAAGCUGAAUUCAACAAUGUAGUUGAAUGUCCCUCGUAUUUUCAUUUAAGCAACAGUUUCAUAGAUUUCCCCAAUGAAGCAAAACAUUUAAUUGACUGUAUGCACAUCCAAUAUGAUUUUAUAGAUGAAGAUCAGGAAAAGAGUUUAUUUGAUGAAGCAGAUCCAUUUAUAAAGAGACUACGUUACCAAGUUGAUCAUUGGGAUGAUGCUAUUCAUCAAUAUCGGGAAACUGAGAAGUUAAAAUGGAAUCCAGAAAACACAAAAAUUAUAAACAAAGUCAGGGAACUGGCAUUCCCACGCCACGUAGGGCAGAUAAAAUAUGUACAUAUUUUAGAUUUAGAUAAGGAUGGUUAUAUUAAACCUCACAUUGAUGCUGUAAGGUUUUGCGGUGACACAAUAGCAGGUUUGAGCCUACUCUCCGACAGUAUUAUGAGACUGGUAAAUGAACAAAAUAAGUCGCUUUACGGCGACAUUCUUUUAAAACGAAGAUCUCUCUACGUGAUGAAAGGUACGGCAAGGUUUGAUUACACUCACGAAAUUUUAGCCAACGAAAAAAGUAUAUUUAAAGGGGAGACGAUCGUUAAAAAUAGACGCAUUAGUAUAAUCUGUAGAAACGAACCUGAUCCUAAAUAUAUGGGUAUUUAA